AGAAACAGGCGCAUCUCAGACUUUAUUUUCACUCGGCAAAUAUAACCUUAUUGACAGUUAUAGAUUAAUUAAAGUCAGUCGUAGCUUUUCAUAAUGACUGGGAGAAGUAACGUGGUUAAACUUGACCGUAGUGUUUUAAGCGCUGAGCAGCAAGAAAAACUCAACCAGUUUAAGAUUAAAACAAGAAUUGACAACGAGAACUACCUCAGAUCACAUCCAGAAAUAGAGCUCCUCGUUGGCGACUUUAUAAGAAAUGUGCUUCUACAAAGACCUGUUGACGUCCGUGAUUUUGCUGCAGAGCAUUUCACCAACCCAAACCUGCAGAGUGACACUAUCGCUAAAAUGGACAAGAAUUGUGAAUUAGAGUGAGACACCUUUAGACCUCCUUUAACACUACCAAGAAGAAGGGGCAGUAACCACGGAAAUAUUAUUCAUGUAUCAUUUAAAGCACUUUU